GCGUAGUAAUGCGUGAAGUUGCUGUCAGAUAGCUGUCUUCCAGGAGCGUGCUGCGUAGCCACGCCGCUCGUACCCAGGGGUCAGAAUGGUGGGGUUUCAGUCGCCAUCCGGUCGCUGCGAACGGCGCCAUGGCUGGCCAAGGCUUCAGGCGUUGCAGCGCGAUAACUGAAAGCGAAACACUCGCGAUUCUGGCAUCGUGCUCGAAUCUGAAACCCAUUCCCCAAUUUUCCAACUCGUUGGAAAGUUACCUACCCACCCCACUCCACCCCAACAGUGUACCUGAGCCUGUCAAGACACCGACCGAAAACCUCCUCCAAACAUGGUGAAGAUUGUCCGCUCCGUCGCGCUCAGCGCAGUGGUUGCUGCCGCCUUGCUCGCGCCCGCUCAGUCGACAUCGUUCGAGUGCAACCCCGUGACCUACACGGCCAAGGAAGGUUGCGACCCGCAGCGUGCUGGACCUCCGGGCGAUACUUGUGAGGUUUACGUCCCCGAAUGCGAGACCGACAAGGCCGAGAGCGCUAGCAACAGCCGCAACCGCUUCUUGCGUCACCUAGAAGACGCGGCCAACGCGGACGUCUCGGACCUGGAGAAAUUCUUCGGCGAGAGCUUGGAGCUGGACUUCACGACGCUGAAGAACGAGUACUCGUCGGCGUCGGCGGCGACGAUUCCGUGGCCGGGCAGCUACUGGCCGACGUACCAGGACAGCAUCAACGUCAUCUGGAAGUCGGGCGAGGCCUGCGCGAGUGAGAAGUACGCCAACGCCUUCGGUCUCGACCCCACCGACUUCAAGAACAAGAUCUCGGCAAAAACCGGCAUCGACUCGCGCAAGAGCAGCACCGCCUGCUCGGCGGACGCAGACUGCAAGUCCCGCAACGACGGCAGCGUGUGCGCCAAGCGCAAGGGCGCCACCAGCGGCUACUGCAUCCCGACGUGGUACGGCAUCUGCCACGCUUGGACGCCGGCCUCCAUCCUCGAAGCGGAGCCCAAGUGCGACGUCGUCAAGAAUGGCCAGACGUUCCACGCCAUGGACAUCAAGGCGCUGCUGACGGACAUCUACGACGGCUCCUCCAUCAAGACGAUCUUCACGGGCGCGCGCUUCAACGGCCCCGACAGUCCAGAGAAACUGGACGCAUACGGGCGCUACAACAGCGACUCGCGCCGUGACUUGGGCGCUGGGUUCUUCCACGUCGCCAUCAGCAACAUCAUGGGCAAGCACAAGCAGUCCUUCAUCGUCGAUGUCGUCGCCGGCGCCCAGGUGUGGAACCAGCCUGUCCGGUCGUACGAUGUCCAGACCAUGGAGCUCGUGGAUGUUGCCACGGCCUCCAAGCAGUACUUCGGCAAGGACACGUACCCGUUCAACUCGGACAUGGUGUACCUGGCGUACGUCAAGACCAAGUUCAGCUGGAUCGUCGAAGCCUACGCCGAUGGUGCGCUCGUCUCGACUGGAAAGGUCGACAAGUACACGGUCUCCAACGACUACGAGUACCUGCUCGAGCUGGACGCCAACUACGCCGUCAUCGGUGGCGAGUGGGUGGGCGAGUCCAAGACCGACCACCCAGACUUCUUG